GUGAGCUGAUAUCGUAUUUAUUAUUUAACCGUGUGGUGUGUCCGCCGUGUCCGGGUUAAUUUAAUAAUUGAAAAGUAAUAGUUAAUACUGUUGAUUAUUAAUUAAUUUCACGUCGGACGUGUGAUCACCAGAUAUUUGCUAUUUUGCACACUUGUUACUUCAAUGGCUGAUUGUGAGAAACGGUUAAUGAAACAAUUUCUGGACGGAAUUGAAACAACUGAAUUAUGCAAAAUUGUCCGAUCAGUCUACCAUGGUGGUGGAGUCACAACAAAUACCCGGGAAGAUGCUGAAUUGUUACUAUUGUCUCAACCUUAUGUGCGAGUAUUGUCCAGUAAAAAAGUACCAAUAACUAUGUUGUUGAAGUUUUUAAUUUCAAAAGGUUUAAUACCUACUACUGAUAUGACAAAAGCAGAUUUAUGUUUGGCGUUUAAGUCAUUACUUGAAAAUCAACCAGAUUAUAUCAGACCGCCAGCACAAUCAAUCCAAAUGUCUGUCCCUAAUAAUAUGCUCGCAAUAUCUCAGAACAAUAAUAUGAUGCAUACUCAACCAUAUCAAGCAGCUGUUCAACAGAUGCCUAUGUCAAUGCCAACACCAAUUAAUAUGGCACUGGAACCCAAUUCAAAAUCUCGAAAAGAACGUGAUAACGAGUUACUAGAAGAAUUCAUUGAAAUGUUUGCUAAACAUUUUUAUGAUUUAUUAAAUGAUCUUGGUAUUCCAGGAAAAAAUCAAUUAGACACCCGUCAUUUUUAUGAAAAUUGUACAAUGUCAUUAAAAAUUCUUGGUGGUAGCAACGAAAUCAGUGAGAGUUGUGAAGAUUCUACAUCAAUAUUGCAAUGUUUGUUAGGUGUCAAGAAAGAACACCAACUAUUUUUUUCACCACAUUUAAGCGAUGUAAAAUGGAAAAAAGAAUCGCACGGUUUAGUUAAAGUGCAUAUUGGUGGUACACUUCAUCAAGGUGUUGGAAGAAUGGUUGGAAUGUUUGAACAGCAAUUCAUACUCAGAGAAGAUCCUCAAGCAGAAAACACAUGGAAAAUUCUUAACACAAAUUUUAUGAUGAAGAGUAUGGAUUUAAUAACAUCUGGACCUACUUUAAGCAUACAAGGACCCUGCCAAACCAACCAAUUACAAAUUGAUAAUGUUUAAUUAUGCUGUUAAUAUAUUGGAUAAAUUACUUGUACAAAGCUAAUUUUUGUUCUUUGCUUCAAUUUAAAUAAUCCAAAUAUAUGAAAAUACGUAAAAUGUAA